AUGGAAGCUCAAGGUUUGAUGUCUGAUGCUGUGACAUUGUACAGACAAGCGUUCAAGCUCAAUGAAAGAGUGGAUUUACUUUAUAGAUCAAAUAAGAUUCCUCAAGUGAAGAAGAUUACCAAUCCUAUCAAUGAAGAGUUGGUGAAGAAGAUUAAUGUUGAAAAGUUGAUUCUUUCAUUCCAAGAUUCCGAACCCACGUCCCCCAGUCUCAUAGAUGAUAAUGGUGAAGACGAAGAAGGUCAAUUGACUCAAAAGUUUAGUAAAUUAAUGACUGGACCAUCGCCGCUUACUAAACUCAGUAAUGAUAUAUGGAUUUAUAUAAUGGAAAUACUUAUAGAGAAAUCUCCGGAGUCUUGGAUAAGUUUAUCAUUGGUAUGUAAGAAAUUUGCAUAUUUGGGGUUCUCUCCAUCAAUCUUUCGUCAUCUAGCUACCAUGAUAUAUCCCCCACAAAGGUACGAGGAGAAUGAAGAAUUAGACUACCAAUUAUCUACCACCGAUGACGAUUUACCCGUACCUAAGAAUCAACUCAAGAUUUUACCAUCAUACAAUAACUCCUGGAAAUACAUGUUGUUCCAUCGACCAUUCAUAAAGUUCAAUGGAUGUUAUAUCAGUAUUAUCAAUUAUUAUUCAGAAGGAUCAAGAGCUGAGUUUUCAAAUAGUUGGACCAAUCCCGUACGAACCAUUACCUAUUAUAGAUACUUAAGGUUCUUUCCUGAUGGGAAAGUGUUAAAAGUAUUGACAACAUUAGAGCCAACAAGAGUUAUACCACAUCUCCAAAGAAGUAAUUAUGUAGUUUCAAACAUUCUAGAUCAAGUUAAAGGGAAUAGAGAUGGUCAUCGAAUUUACCAUGGACGUUGGAUUAUGAAUACUGAUGGAGAAGUCCAUAUCACUAUUGACGAAGGUUCAGUACCAUAUUAUAUCUUCCAUUAUCAUUUCAAGAUUGUUAACAUGGGACAUAAUAGAUUUGGGAAAUUAUCAUGGAUUAAAUAUUACACCGUAAGAAUUCAAGGAGAAGAAGAAGAUAUAGGAGAAGUAAGUGAGUUAGGUUUAAAGAAUGAAAAACCUUUCAAAUUCCUGAGAGUUCGAAGUUAUGAAUAA